CCUUCCCCUCUCACCUGUCCAGGCCUUCCAGGUAGCAGUAGCUACAUCGCCCUCUUUGCUCGCCUCGCCUCAGCGCCGCCGGGAGGGGAAUGGAAUGGCAUGGGCGCCUCAGUCCCAAUCCGCCUUCCUUUGCCCGACCCCCGCGGCGGAAGUGCAACUUGGCGUCACUUCCGGCUCCUCCCCUUUCUCCUAGAGAUAAGUAAAAGCAAGCCAACUCAGAGCAUCCUGAGACUGAGGAUGAAGGCAGGCUGCAGAGGAGCAAAGCAGACAGCUGGCAGUGACCUUUCCUACUCCAGAAACUGUUCCUGAAUGGCUCUGGCAUCUUCCUCCCUGAGUCUCCCCAAGAUAGUUUGCUGGGCGCUGUUCCUUUCCCACAUCACAUCAGCAGCAGAUGCUGUGCAAAGUAUUAACAUUAUUGGUUCCACAGAGGCUCAUGUCAUGGAAAACUUAAAUUUCUCUCUGCACAUCCAAGGCAGUCCUCCUCUGAGCCUUUGCUGGUUAAUCAAGAGCGAAUGCAUUCCCCUUGGAGGAGACCAGUGGUGCCACUUGGUAGCGACCAAUUCAACAUCCUACCAUCUCAACCACAAGUUCAGAGAAGCCGGACAAUACUGCCUCAGUGUGCGAGUCCAGAACGGGGCAAAUAUAUUGCAGUCGUACCAGGAGAUUCAGGUCAAGCCAAUAGGCCUCCAUCCAGCUUUCUUUGUCCUGCCUUGCAUCACUCUCUUAUCGGUCGUCCUGGGAUUGGCCGUCUAUGUUACCUUCCGAAGCCGUGCCCAGUCAAAGGAUCUUGUAGAGGUUGCCGACUUCGACUUUUCUCCUGGCUCCGAGAAAAGGCCUGCCAGUCCUGGCUGGAGCUGCAGUCAAUUGUGUUGCCAGACAUGCUUCCUUUGGCCAGCUCAGGAGACUUGCCACACGGUCGGGGAGCAUCAGCGCCUCCUACACCCUUUGCGCCAAUCCGUUAAGAUGUACACUGCUUGAAGACUGCAGUCGUGUUUGUUUUGCCUUAAUGGCCAACAGUUUGCCUUGCCUCCUCCACUCUGUGCAAGAGUGGAUUAUAAACAAUCAUCCCCUCUUCUUUCCUUUUGCUAGUUCACCCAAAGCUUAAUUCAACAUUAGGCCCAAGGCACAGCUUGGGAAAGUUCUUUUUUGUGGCCAUGUGCGAUUCUAGGAGCUAUAAUCCAGAGACAGAUUUCAUCAAGCUCUGCUUCCAUCAUGCAUAUUGACAAAGAUUCACACGGAAUAGUAAAAAUACAAAUUGGGAACUGUUAGUGUUCUUUGCAAUCGUGAUUGAAAAGGAAGAAGCCAUGUGGAAGUGUCCUUAGCUCUUACUUGUAAGAGGAAGUAAGAAUGAUCAUGUUGGGAAUAUGAUGAGGCCGAAAAGCCUGCAAGUUCUCAGCACACUGUUUUGCAAACAUGCAACAUCAUAAUGGCAUGUUUCAGAUAUAAUAGGCCCUUGCCAUCUGUUGGAGUUUGGUUCCUGAACUCCUAUGGAUACCAAAAUCCAUGGAUAUCAAGUCCCAUUAUAUACUAUCACAUAAUGAAAUGAUGUUCC